AUGGCCGCGGAGUAUGGAAUGCUUUUCGGAGUCCUGUCCGAAGAGUCAAGCAGGGCCUCAGUGCCACCACGCCGAUUUCAUGUCAAACAGCUCGGAUCCGGGGCUGGUCGAGGAACUGCUGAAGUGGGUAACCCGGUCAAGGCCUGCAUGGUUGCGUGGAUGGAUGCGCGGGAUGAGGAGUUGACUCCAUCGGAUGCUCCAUCGGUCGGGACCGAUCGGCGAGGCGCAAGGCCGGUAAUCGGGGAUGGGGGCGACGAGCUUCCUUUUUGCAUUGCGUCUGCACCACGGAGUAUUCCGGGUACGAUUGUUCACCCUUGCGAGGAAUACUCCGUGGUGGAUGGAUCAACAUACACCGGGCAAUACGAGUCAAUGUCGGGUGACAAAGCCAACAAGUUGAGGGAUUUUGUAAGCUUUGACAGAGCGUGA